AUGAGUAAUACCCUCUAUAACCAUUGUACCAAGUUACUUCAGUCGAUACAAAAGGAUCUGAACGAAUUUGAGCGUGGUGUUGAAGAUGAAAGCAACACGAUAUCCCUAGCUGGUAUCCAAGGCCAAAUAUCGGCAUCCUUUCUUUCACUGAAUCGCUCUAUUGAGGAUUACAACAGUAUGGUGAAAAGGGAACUGAUACCUGCGAAGAAAAACAAAGCUACUGUGCGUGUUCAAGAGUUUUACCAAAAGCAUUCCCAACUAUCAGAGCAUUUUGAGCAACUAAAGGCUCAAGUUCGCGAUGCUGCCCAUGCCAAAAAUAGAAGAGAGUUAUUUGGAAGAAGAGGGUAUCCGAGUGCAACUCCCGAUAAUCCAUAUGGUGAAAAUGGCAUGACAGACGCUGAACUGGUUGAGAAUGGCCCACCUAACAUCACUAGGCAGGAAGGUCUUUUACAUGAAAACGAUUUCAUAGGAAGGGCUGAGUCCCAAAUUGAUGAGUAUUUAGAACGCGGUCGUUUGCUACUUGGUGACUUGGUUGAGCAGAAAUCAAUUUUGAAGUCGACAAAGAAGAAAGUGUUAGAUGUAGCAAAUACAUUGGGCAUCACCAGGACGACGCUUUCAGCUAUUAAUAGGCGUUCAAGGCAAGAUAAAGUCAUAUUCUACACUGGUGCCGCUUUUGUCUUUUUCUGUUUUUAUUUAAUUGUUCGAUGGUUACGCUAA